CACCAAAUUAUCUCCACCACAAACGCCAGUACAAGCAACCAGCUGGAAACAAUCCCUCAUUCUGCCGACCCAUUGCAUCGCUUUGGACCGGUGAUUUUCUUCUCACAAUUGAUCUGUUCGACCUAAUUGUGUCAUAUAUCUGUUAGUCGAUUUGCUUACACGAAUUGACGUAUAUUCUCUGUCCGUGAGGCGUGCAUUUCUUCAUUGAUAGCUCUUGUUUUUUCAUAUUCAUCCAAGUUCAAUCCUCUCUUACGCAUUUUCGCAUAUUUUCUUUCUCAUCAAAGGUUUUCUUUCAACCAAUUACAACAUCUCACCAAGUAGUGAACUUUUAUUUCAUCUCAUCCUUUCAUUACUCUCAGCAUGAAGAAGUUUUUUAGAAGAAAGAAGGGCGUUUCUACUGGUAUGUACGAUUCUCCAGACUCUCAAAGCUCUUCUUCGGUUGCAGCACCACCUUCGUAUAAAACAGUGAAUCCCUAUGCUGGUGAUGCAUACGCACAAGCAUCUGCGCCAACACGAUCAAUGAACCCAUACGCCAUGAACUCAUCGAGCCGUGCAGCGGCUUCGACGCCUUCUCCCUCUGUCAAGAAAUCGGCCGCUUACGCAUCCUCUAUUAAUACCCGGGAAAGUAGCAGGACUGCGAGUCCCGAGCUCGAGCAACGGAAACAGGAACUGUUUCGAGGUGCCCGUAUGACACGGCCAGAUCCUGAGACGGCGUCUCAAGCAAGUUCACAGCAGGGUGGUUAUGGCUAUGGUAUGGCAGAAGGACGAAACAACGAGUAUGGUGCUCCGUCCACCUACGAAGAAGAGGAAGAUGAAGUGAAUGCCAUUAAAGACAAGAUGCGUUUUGUGAAGCAGGACAGUCUUGCAAGUACCCGAAAUGCACUUCAGAUUGCAGCUCAAGCUGAGGAGACGGGCCGUGCUACAUUGAACUUGUUGGGUCAGCAAACGGACAAGAUUGCAAACGCCGAGAAGGAGUUGGAUUUGUCACGUGUGCAUGCUAAGCAUGCUACGGAACAGGCAGCUCAGUUGAAGACUUACAAUCGUAGUAUGUUUGCCAUUCACGUUGGUAAACCAUGGGGCAAGGCGAAACGUGUUGCCCAGGAAGAAGCCAGAUUGACGGCCAAGCGUGAAGCGGAGCGUGCGGAUGAAGCUGUGAACCGACAAUUUGCGUACCAGUCGCAACAACGUGUUGGUCGAGCACUCCAGGAUAAUGAUCGAGCAAUGGGAAAGAAGGGUCAACGGAAUGCCUCUCUUACGGAACGUGCUCGUUACCAGUUUGAGCCAGACGCCGAAGAUGAUGCUGUUGAAGCGGAAAUUGAUCGGAAUUUGGAUCAGCUGGGCGGAAUUGCUUCUCGUCUGCGGGGUCUGGCUUUCGCUACGGGUCAAGAGAUUGAUGCUCAGAAUUCGAGAUUAGCAACCGUGCAAGACAAGAGUGACCAGCUGGACACGGAUGUGUAUCUUAAUAUUGAACGUAUACGCCGUAUCCAUUAGUUUCGUGUGUCCAUCUCGGUAUGGAUCCAAUGAAUGACUUUGAACGCAUACUAGACAAAUGCAUAAUGCGUUGGUACCCGUCCUUUUCUGCUCGUCAAGCAUUUACCGCUCUCGGUUUUUUCAUGUUUCAUUAUUGACGGUUUUAUAGUAAAAACCCUUUCGUUCGUUCUUUAUACAUUGAAUACGACUCUUGUAAUGGAGAUGACCUUUUUGUUUUUCCUCAUUCAGAUUCUAAUUUUUUCUUCCCCGGCACUAAUUGACUAUAUACUCUCGCACUUUUCUAUGAAUCAGUGGGUCUUUUAAACGUUGUAGCAAAAAAGUUUAUUGGUUCAUAAGAAGUACUGAACGGAAAGAAGAAGAAGAAGAAGACAAAACUACUCUAGAAAACAUUCAUAAGACUCGAGGCUUAGUGGUGGACACCCUCAAGCUUCUCGUUCAAAGCUCUGCGCUCGUCGAAGAUGGAAAGGGCGGUUUGAGCAGCCUUGACACCGCUGAACAUCAUAGCACCAAAAGUGGCACCCAUGCGGUUGCGGCCGUCGACCUCGGAAAGCUCCAUUCCGGUGGCAAUCAAACCGGGAUAGAUCUCACGAGUACCCUUAACAAUGUGGUCCUCAGCACGGUUCAUAUCCAAGCAUCUCAUGUCACCAAGAGCUGGGAUAAGCUUGGCCUUGGCCAAACGCUUGACACAGAAGGCACCGAACGGGCCAUCGUGACCAGUGGCGGAGACGACAACGUGAGCGUUAAGAGUGUUGGGGUCCAUGCACGAUUGAGUACCGUGGUUCAAUGAGACCAGGGUCCAGUUGGUGACAACACCGGCGAUGCGUUGCUCACCCUUUUCGUCCUCCUUCACGAUCAAGUCUUCGACAGCGGUAGCAUUGAAGAGCUUGAUGUUGGGGAGAGAGAGGGCACGAGCCAUGAUGGUACUGGUGAAGAGAGCAGCAUGCUUAACAACAACAUAGUUGCCUUCAUCCUCGUAGGGAACGCCAAUUUCGUUCAAGAAAGCAUCGGCAGGCUUACGGACUACCAUAGCAGACAUGAGUUGACCGCCCAACCAGGCACCACCGCCAGGGGCGACACCGGCCUCAAUAAUGGCAAUCUUCAAAUCGGGACGACGAGUACCGAUGUAAUAAGCACAGGUAAGACCAGCGGAACCAGCACCGACGAUGACAAUGUCACUUUCGGCGUAAGUUUCCAAGUCCUUCCAGUAACGCUUGAUCAUGGCACGAGCGACAAUGCUCUCGCGAAUGGGAGCGAACUUGAAGUCCUCACCAAACACAUAGUCAGGAUAAGCCUUUGCUAAAGAGCUGCAGCCAGAAGCGACCAGGGAAGCUUCUUGCUUCUCAGCUUGUUGUUGGGAAGUUUGCAAAAGAGUAGUAACUUGAGACAUUGUGUUUUCGAGUGGGGAAAAAAAGAAUUGAACUUUUACUUGUGCAAUUGGAGCUUUGAAUGGAUUGCUUGUUGAUUGCUUGAUGGUAAUUGAGCAGCAAUUCUGUUUGUUCUUAUAGCAUUUUCUUGACCUUACAUCAUCAUACUCAGCAUUGCGCCGGGUGCAUGCUAGGUCUUUUGCAUUGCAAUUUCAGCGGAGUCAGCUUACCGCUGGUGGUUAUUCUCGGGACCAAAUUCCCUCGUACACGUCUAGAGGGCUGAUCGGCUUGGUGCAGCCCGAGUUUUACGGCUGCGAAUUUCCACGGUAUGUUGUAGCCCCAUACUCUGCCACCGUCGGUUGGAGGCAAACGCAAUUCAAAAAAGCACGCAAGUCUCAUGUUUUUGGUCGCAGGAACGACGAAGUCCACGGGAUAUUUUUUGAAUUGCAACGAAUUCAAGUGUUCUCCGGGUGCACAAUACACAGGUAGUAAAUAAGGUGCCGACAACUUUUCGCAUAAUUAAAUCGGCUAUAAUAUGAUAGGUUGAAUGAUGUUUAAGGUUUGUCGGCCGAAAAGACGAGUUUGGGUGGUCAUUGUCAUAAUGGUAGCAAAAUAAAAGAACGGCGUUGUUUCGAUCAUUGUG